CAAAGGAGAGAAAGUGUGUGGGGUGGAAAAGACCAUGUUUAACUCUCACUUGGUGGUUUCCGCGACUGGGGCUGGCUGGGGUGGGGAGAGCCCACGUCUGGGCCCUUGCAGAUGUCAGUUUCCCCUUGACAGCUCUGGUCUCUUGGUUGAUUCUGUGGAAUGAGUCUUGUGUUUGGCAGUGGUGGGAUGGCCGAAGCUAGGAGACGGGGUUUGUCCCGGGCUUUGCUUGGAAUUAGUUCUGAGAUCUUGGGCAAGACAUCCCUUGGAGCCUUAGUGUCCUCCCAGUAAAUGGGGGCUGUUAUUGUUAUCAGCCACAAUAAUGGAUGGGAAAGAGCUGAGUGGUCCCGAAAACCAAACCAGAUGCUGUAGUGCUCCCACACCUGCAGCAUCUAGAGGGCGGCAGCAUUGCCCACACCCACUGUAACCCACAUACUCACUAGUUGUGGGGCUCCGAAGACAAAGCUAGCUGAGAAAGGAGUGGACUUAAUAAGGACAGGGGCCUUAGUGUAUGUGCAUUGUUUUUGGUCUAGCCAGGCCGAGAGGUUUACAGUGGAAAGUGCUCAGCCUAGGGCCUGGCUGACAGUGGACCCAGGGGAAUUGUUUUGUUUGUUUGUUUCAUUCUGCAUCUGGAGUGAGUCAUUGCCACUUGUCAAGGUGAAAUGGCAAAUCUGGGCUUCCUGUGGUUCCAAAAGUCUGUGACUGGAAAUCCACAGGCAAGAUCGUGUUUGAAGCUUAUUCCAGGGCAGCCUUAGGUAUUCCAGAAGGGCUGAGGGAAUCUCUUCCAUGGGGGAAGAGGGGAAGGUUUAUAAAUAAACCUCACAUGUGUCUUCAGCAUUCGUUUUCCAAGGAAACCAUCAUUGGACUUUGGUUAGGACCCAUUCAGUGUAUCUCUCUUUGCCCAUCUUGAGUUAGAACGGGGAGAGGAGGAAAUAAAUAGGUUCUUUUGUCUUUUUCUAUCCUCUCCCUUCCCCCAUUUCCUUCCCCCAUCCAGUCCCCACUCACUCACAUGCACACAUUAACCUUGAAGCCGAUGAGAUUGAGUGACUGGCACUUGGGACCACAGAGAAAUGUCAGAGUGUUUGGUUACAGACUCAAGGAAACCUCUCAUUUUAGAGUGCUCAUUUGGUUUUAAGCAGAAUUUUGGACUGUGAAUCAAGGCAUUGGGUGAAGAAAAAAAUGGCCUCGCCGGCUGACAGCUGUAUCCAGUUCACCCGCCAUGCCAGUGACGUUCUUCUCAACCUUAAUCGCCUCCGGAGCCGCGACAUCUUGACGGAUGUUGUCAUCGUGGUGAGCCGGGAGCAGUUCCGAGCCCAUAAGACAGUCCUCAUGGCCUGCAGUGGCCUGUUCUACAGCAUCUUCACAGACCAGCUGAAAUGCAACCUCAGUGUGAUCAACCUGGAUCCUGAGAUCAACCCAGAGGGGUUCUGCAUCCUCCUAGACUUCAUGUACACGUCUCGGCUCAAUUUGCGGGAGGGCAACAUCAUGGCCGUGAUGGCCACAGCUAUGUACCUGCAGAUGGAGCAUGUUGUGGACACUUGCCGGAAGUUCAUCAAGGCCAGUGAAGCAGAGAUGGUCCCUGCCAUUAAGCCUCCCCGUGAAGACUUCCUGAACAGCCGGAUGCUGAUGCCCCAAGACAUCAUGGCCUAUCGGGGCCGGGAAGUGGUGGAGAACAGCCUGCCCCUGAGGAACGCCCCUGGGUGUGAGAGCAGAGCCUUCGCCCCCAGCCUGUACAAUGGCCUGUCCACACCACCAGCCUCGUACCCCAUGUAUGGCCACCUUCCGGUCAGCAGCUUCCUCUUCUCUGACGAGGAGCUGCGGGAUGCCCGGAUGCCUGUGGCCAACCCCUUCCCCAAGGAGCGGACCCUCCCCUGCGACAGUGCCAGGCCAGUCCCCAGUGAGUACAGUCGGCCGGCCAUGGAGCUAUCCCCCACUGUGGGCCACAACAACGUUUACUCACCCAAGGAGGCAGCCCUGGAGGAGGCACGGAGUGACAUGCACUACAGUGUGGCCGAGGGCCCCAAGCCUGCUGCCCCCUCGGCCCGGAGCGCCCCAUACUUCGCCUGUGACAAGGCCGGCAAAGAGGAAGAGAGGCCCUCGUCGGAGGAUGAGAUUGCCCUUCAUUUCGAGCCGCCCAAUGCAUCCCUGAACCGGAAGGGUCUGGUUAGCCCGCAGAGCCCCCAGAAGUCUGACUGCCAACCCAACUCGCCCACGGAGUCCUGCAGCAGCAAGAACGCCUGCAUCCUCCAGACCUCCGGGUCCCCUCCGGCCAAAAGCCCCACUGACCCCAAAGCCUGCAACUGGAAGAAGUACAAGUUCAUCGUGCUCAACAGCCUCAACCAGAAUGCCAAUCCAGAGGGGCCCGAGCAGGCCGAGCUGGGCCGCCUUUCCCCUCGAGCCUACACUGCCCCGCCGGCCUGCCAGCCACCCAUGGAGCCCGAGACCCUUGACCUCCAGUCCCCAGCUAAGCUCAGCACCAAUGGGGAGGACUCCACCAUCCCACAGGCCAGCAGGCUCAAUAACAUUGUCAACAGGUCCCUGGCCGGCUCCCCACGCAGCAGCAGUGAGAGCCACUCUCCGCUCUACCUGCACGCCCCCAAGUGCACGUCCUGUGGCUCUCAGUCCCCGCAGCACGCAGAGAUGUGCCUCCACGCCACUGCUCCCACGUUCCCCGAGGAGCUGGGAGAGACCCAGUCUGAGUACUCAGAUUCCAGCUGCGAGAACGGGGCCUUCUUCUGCAAUGAGUGUGACUGCCGCUUUUCUGAGGAGGCCUCCCUCAAGAGGCAUACGCUGCAGACCCACAGUGACAAACCCUACAAGUGUGACCGCUGCCAGGCCUCCUUUCGCUACAAGGGCAACCUCGCCAGCCACAAGACCGUCCACACGGGUGAGAAACCCUAUCGCUGUAACAUCUGCGGGGCCCAGUUCAACCGGCCAGCCAACCUGAAAACCCACACCCGAAUUCACUCCGGAGAGAAGCCCUACAAGUGCGAAACGUGCGGAGCCAGAUUUGUCCAGGUGGCCCACCUCCGUGCCCACGUGCUCAUCCACACUGGCGAGAAGCCCUAUCCCUGUGAAAUCUGUGGCACCCGUUUCCGGCACCUUCAGACUCUGAAGAGCCACCUGCGAAUCCACACGGGGGAGAAACCUUACCAUUGUGAGAAAUGUAACCUGCAUUUCCGUCACAAAAGCCAGCUGCGUCUUCACUUGCGCCAGAAGCACGGUGCCAUUACCAACACCAAGGUGCAAUACCGUGUGUCCGCCACUGACCUGCCCCCGGAGCUCCCCAAAGCCUGCUGAAGCAUGGAGUGUUGAUGCUUUCCGUUCGAGCCCCUUCUCAGAAUCUACCCAAAGGAUACUGUAACACUUUACCAUGUUCAUCCCAUGAUGUAGUGCCUCUUUCAUCCACUAGUGCAAAUCAUAGCUGGGAGUGGGGGGGGUGGGGGAGGGGCGGGGGGACGGGGAGCCAAGGCCGCUCCCCUCCCCCACUGCCGUAAAACAUUAAGAAAAUAAUACUGCUUCUUCUCCUAUGUGUAAGGCGAACCAUGUCAGCAAAAAGCAAAAUCAUUUUAUAUAUCGAAGCUGGGGGAGUAUGCAAAAGUUCUGACUUGACUUAGUCUGCAAAAUGAGGAAUGUAUAUGUUUUGCGGGAUCAGAUGUUUCUUUUGUAUGUAAAUGUGCAUUCUUUUAAAAGAAGAGACUUCGGUAUGUUAUCAAAGAGAGGGCUUUAAUUUUUUUAACCAAAGGUGAAGGAAUAUAUGGCAGAGUUGUAAAUAUAUAAAUAUAUAUAUAUAUAAAAUAAAUAUAUAUAAACCUAAAAAAGAUAUAUUAAAAAUAUAAAACUGCGUUAAAGGCUCGAUUUUGUAUCUGCAGGCAGACACGGAUCUGAGAAUCUUUAUUGAGAAAGAGCACUUAAGAGAAUAUUUUAAGUAUUGCAUCUGUAUAAGUAAGAAAAUAUUUUGUCUAAAAUGCCUCAGUGUAUUUGUAUUUUUUUGCAAGUGAAGGUUUACAAUUUACAAAGUGUGUAUUAAAAAAAAAAAGAACAAAAAAAGCUGCGGAAGGAAAAAUGUGUAGUUUUGUUCUAGUUUUCGGUUUGUAUAUACCUGUACAACGUGUCCUACGGUGCCUUUUUUUCAUGGAAGUUUUCAGCGGGGAAUGACUGUACCAUCCCUUUUGGAAGUGUAGGCAGACACAGGGACUUGGAGUUAUCACUAACUAAGCUCUCUUUGGGAAUGUUUGUCUCAUCCCAUUCUGCGUCAUGCUUGUGUUAUAACUACUCCGGAGACAGGGUUUGGCUGUGUCUAAACUGCAUUACUGAGUUGUAAAAUAUAGCUGUACAAAUACAAGAAUAAAAUGUUGAAAAGUCAA